ACGAAAAGGGGCGGGCCUUUACUCCUCGCGACCACCACUGCAGCUCUUUCUGUUCUAUUACGUUCUGAACGCGACCCUUAGGGAGCAGAAGACCGUUGUUUGGGUUUUCUAUCGUCGUUCUGGGUGUUUUAACAGUAUUUCCGACAUGGAAGACAGUACAGUGUCGUACAAAGUGAAAGAAGAGAGAAGGAGGGAUAAACCUGCAGAUCACUGCUAUUAUGCAACUGCUGACAUAAAAGCUUUCGAGAGCUCAGACAAUGACAUGGGCUUCUGUGGCUGGUUCCUGGUGCUGUGCUCCAUCCUCCUGACCAUCCUCACUCUGCCCAUCUCCAUAUGGAUGUGCAUUAAGAUAGUGAAGGAGUACGAACGAGCGAUAAUCUUUCGCCUGGGCCGUAUUUUGCGUGGAGGAGCCAAAGGACCUGGUCUUUUCUUCAUACUGCCUUGUACAGACAGCUUCGUUAACGUCGACAUGCGCACCAUUACUUUCGACAUCCCCCCUCAGGAGGUGCUCACUAAAGACUCUGUGACAGUGAGUGUGGAUGGCGUGGUGUAUUACCGUGUACAGAAUGCAACCCUGGCUGUGGCCAACAUCACCAACGCAGACGCUGCCACUCGCCUCCUGGCACAGACAACACUCAGGAACGUCCUUGGCACCAAGAACCUGUCCGAGAUCCUGUCUGACCGGGAAGAGAUCGCCCACAGCAUGCAGUCCACUCUGGAUGAUGCGACUGAUGACUGGGGCAUUAAAGUCGAGAGGGUGGAGAUUAAAGAUGUUAAACUGCCUCUACAGCUCCAGAGAGCUAUGGCUGCUGAGGCUGAGGCUACGAGGGAGGCCAGAGCCAAAGUGAUCGCCGCAGAGGGUGAGAUGAACGCGUCUCGAGCAUUGAAGGAAGCCUCUCUGGUGAUCGCCGAGUCUCCGUCUGCGCUGCAGCUGCGCUACUUGCAGACCCUCAACACCAUCGCCGCCGAGAAAAACUCCACCAUCAUUUUCCCGCUGCCGAUUGACAUGAUGCAGUCAUUCAUGAAGCGCUGAGCCGUGAACACGUUACACACACACACACACACACACACACACACACACACACACACACACACACACACACACACAGAUACACAUUGAUACACACACUUUACACCUCUAAUGUAUGGCUGGUAAAUGCAGAUGAAUUGCAACUAAUGUAACACACACAUCUUUUUGCUGUACUGCAGUGAUAUUUUUACCACACUGAGUCAGCGGUAGUCUGACAGCAGCAUCGCCGAUAUCUAUAUUUCUUUAGGGCUUGGCGAUACGACAAAAAUAACUAUAUCACAAUACAACAUUUGUAUACAUAUCACUAAUUACUGUAGUAUGAAUGAAUAAAAGAAAUGAAUGCAAACAUGUAUAAAUUUAGGUCCACAGUAAAAUCGGUAAGCGUUAAACACUUGCACUCAAAUCAGAUGCUUUCUGAGUCUGUAAUUGUUACUUAAUUGUAAUUGUAAUUGAGGUUCUAAUGAUAUCUCAAUGCCGACGCGGUUAGUGACUAAAUCGAUCAUGGUAUCGAGAUCAUAUCACGUAACCUAGCCCUAAUUUCGGUGUGCCUAGUACAUUCUGUGACAGAACAGCCAUAUCUAUUCUUAUAAAGCCUUAACCAUAGACUCCUCAUAAAUAAAUAGAAAAUAUUUGUGUAGCAUUUCAUUGGUUACUGGGCUGUGUUUUUUUUUUUUUUUUUUUUUUUUUUUACAGUUUACUACUCGAUAUUUAGAUAUUUACUCAAAACUUUUUUUUACAUCUUUCUUAAGCAUACAAAUUAUAUAUAUAUAUAUAUAUAUAUAUACGUAUAUAUAUAUAUCGAUCAAACACUCCCAAGAUUAUAUAAGAUUAUAUGAGUGUGUAUUUCAUGCUGAUCUGUUUUAUAACAGCAAAAAAAUAAAUAAUUAAUUACAAAAGUGUUUCGAGUGAGAACGUGAGGUAGACUUAACGAUGCUACUGCUGGAGAUCUCUCUGGCAUGUCAAUCACAUUGACACCGGCCUAUCACAGACGUACGCAGAAGAGGGCAGAUUAAUGUUUGUUAUUCUGUACGAACAAAUUAAUCUAUGCGAAUUUCUGCCCUAUGCAAAUGUUUUGCAUGGUUCAGCCAUUCAGUAUGCAUCUUGUACACAUUGCUGCUCUUUUUGUCUUCCGUCUCUUCCUGUUUCAGAGAAAACAGAGUAAUUGUCGUCCAGCGUCAUCUUCUUAUAUAAUUUUUUUUCUUAAUUUACACUCAUUGACACUUGUUCUGGUCAUUUGUAUUGCUUUCUUAAUCUUCAAUGCAUGUAAAUGUAAACACAUAAAACUCGUUUGUCUUGUC